AUGAACAGUGCUCCAGAAGAAGACUACGACUUUCUAUAUAAGAUUGUUCUAGUAGGAGACACAAGUGUAGGGAAAACCAACAUCGUUUCUCGAUACAUAAAAAAUUCUUUACCAAAGAAUCAAAAUCCUACCAUUGGAGUUGAAUUUGCAACAAGAGUCGUGACUCUUAAAUCUGGAAGAACUGUAAAAGCACAAAUCUGGGAUACUGCAGGACAAGAAAGAUAUCAUGCUAUUGUAUCUGCACAUUACAGAAGAGCUAUUGGAGCACUGUUAGUCUAUGAUAUUACCAAUGCCCGUUCUUUUGGCAAUGCACAGCGGUGGAUUGAAGAAUUGAAAUCCAAGGCUGAGCCAGAUAUCGUUAUUAUGCUUGUUGGGAAUAAAAUUGAUUUAGCGGCAAAAAACCCUGAAGCUAGGCAAGUGAGUACAGAUCAAGCUAAGAAGUUUGCACAGGCUGAAGGGCUGAUGUUUAUUGAAACCUCUGCGGUAACUUCUACUAUGAUUAAAGAAGCCUUUGAAACGCUUUUGGAAGAAAUUUAUAGUAAUUCGAUGAAGAAGAGAAAAGGAUCGAUGGAUGUAUUUCCGAAACCUGAUGGCCCACAAGUGAACUUGAGGAUGGAUAAGCCCGUAAAUAAGCCUUGCUGCUAG